CGAAAACGACAAGGACCACAGUCCUUCUUUCUUAGUUAGUGAAUUGAACCGUGUGGUGUUGGCUAGAGAAGGAUGGGGCUUUCCGAGUGUGGAAGCUGAAAGACAGUUCAAUCUGACGACUCUUGGUCGUGGAGGAGCAGCAAGAGAUCACCACACUUCUGGAUCACAUCUUAAUCCACGACGUCGCCAGUUAUUGAGUUUACGACUUCCUCCAGUUGUACCACCAUCCACCUCUUCAAAGCAACAACAUCCAUCGACCUACUGGGAACAACGAUUUUCCCCAGUUGUGACACAUCCCUUUCCGCUUUCCUGCUCUAUUGCGCGGUUGUGUGCUCGCGCAAUUCUGGCUAUCGUGCGGAGGGAUCGGCGGGAACUCGAAUCUUUGACGCAGAGUCUGAAAACGGACUUCUUCUGGAACGAGUUAACUUUCAGUCCUUGGCCUUUACUACACCUGGUUUUCAAGGCUCAAGUCGCAACCAGUGUCCGUCGAGUUCCGCGUGACAACCGAUUAUUGGAUUUAGCUAGGGAUCGGGCGAAAGGGGUGGUGUUGGAAAUAAAAAACGCUGAAGCAGUAGCAGAAGUGCCCACGCAAGCAGGACAAGCAGAUGUAGGUGUCGAGAAGUCAAAUCAAGGUCAACAUCAAGAAAACGGAACAUUUUUUACUUCCCCUCCAGCAAUGGUUGAAGAAGAACCAUUCGAAACUAUCUUGACUUCUAGCCGCUCAUUAUCGGGAAUCAUCGCCUCCAAAGUAGACCAGUGUUUUCAAGACGCUAAUGCGCACUGGCUGCGUCGAGAAUCGGAUCUAGGGGGUUAUUAUCCGAAAAUUCGAAGUUCUAUAUUGCCAGGAAAACAGGAGCAAGAGGCAGAUGACCCUUUUGGGUUGUCCUUCUAUUUGGGAUUGGUGUCAGAUUUUCUGUUGGCGGAGCAUAGUUGGUUUCAUCCAGGAGCUAAGGAGAGAAUGGGUACAACGCGUCCAAAGGAACAAGAAGCCCCUCCUUCAAGUAGCACAGCAUCCUCCUCCUCAAAUUUGAUGCCAACGCAGCACCAACCUCGUCCUCUCGCUUUCCCCUACUUAAGGGUACACCUUUAAGGUGCUUUUCUUACCGCUUUUUAUGCCUCUCUCAUCCUAAGGGAGAGAGAAAGGCAUAACAAGCGGGGGAACCCGCGAGCACCAAAAACAAGGAGUCACUUCCUUUUCGCACCGCUUUCCCCUACUCUAACUCUCGCUUUCCCCUACUUCGACUUGCACCUCUUCUACCGCAACCUCGUCGGGGACUUUUGCAACGAGUUCCUCUACCUUUACGCUUUGAUCCAACUGGCGAUGCAUGUCGAGGUCACCAACGUGACGCCUGGGUACGUUCUACUCUGGCUACAGCGGUAUUUCCGGUACCCGAACCUUGCUGCUACUGACAGACUCUUCUCACAGUUAAGACUUGCCGUAAUUCAUCUUCAGAGGCAUCCCUGACACGUUGACACGUAGUUUUCAAGGGGAAAAUACGUCAAAGAUGACUUCCACGAUGAAUUGUUGUAAGCUCUAACACAGACGGACAAUAUUGUACUUCCAAACGACGACCCUUUGCUGAACACGUGGCCAGGAGAAGAUGAAGAAGAAGCGAUGAGAGAGCAGAGCAGGCCACCGGGUGUAUAACAUUGUUCAACUUGAUGAUUUCUUAUGUGAUCGGUUAGAUAGUACAGAUUUUACCUUUGCCUUUUCGAUAAUCGGCUGUCGGUGCAAAGCUGAUCUUUCUUCACGCGCAUUUCUAACCGACCACAUACUCGCUCAUUCAACUACAGGCACUCGCCUGCAGUUCAAGCCUAGCGCGCCUGUAGCCACGGAAGGCUCCACACGUUUACGUCGCGUAACCGGUCUAGCUUCCGAAACAGGCGAGCUCCGAAGAACCAGAGAUAAACAGCGCCUCCUGCAUGUUGUAGGCAAUGCUGACGCCCAGACUAGUAGCAACUACAAUAGUAGUACCAUCUCAGCCUCCACUCGUGCUGCACAUGAUGAUGCCAAUAUUAAGGAAGAUUUCUCAAGCGAGUUCUUCUAUUCUCUCCGGCGUUACUCAGGUGGUGAGUUUGGGACGCCGUUGACGUACAUGUACUCUGUGGAGAUCCACUUUUGGUUGGCACAGUUAGCUGAAAAGGAGUUCCGCAUGAAGUUGGGAGAUGUGGAUAUUGACGCUUGGUAUAGGGAGACUAGUACCACAACCUCUAGUACUACUACUUCUACUACGUCGACGGCGCCUAGCUCUUCUACUAGCGCAAACACAAUAAAGACUUUAGAGGUGGGAGUCGGCGAAGCAGCUGCUGCAGCUUCGCUCAUGCCUCCACACGACGAGUCAACAGUGGUCAACAGCGCUUCUUCUUUUACAGCUGGAAACGCUGCUGAAGAUCAACAUGCUCCCGCUCUCACAGAGCAGGUUACCGCUUCUGAGCGCUCUGCUCUCCAAGCCUUGCUUCGUGGGAUCCAUGACUUGUGUGAAGCUUUCAAAAUCCCCUAUGUGCUCGCACAGGGUACCUUGCUGGGCGCCAUGCGACACCAUGCUCUGGUUCCGUGGACAGGUGAUGCCGAAGUAGCCGUAGACUUCUCCUAUGUGCCUUACUUGUUUCUGCUGACACUGUUGCAAACGAGUCAUUUGGGGAGGAUCACGUUUCUGGCUAAUCUUGGGACCUCUUCAUCUUCUGGCUUGCCUAGAAGGAACAGAGAUCGCAAUUUGGAAACGCUCGUUUAUCGCGAUUACUACGAUUGCAUACUACAUCACGACGAGCAGGAUGGUGGAGGUGAGAAAGGGGCGGUGGGUGCCGAUAGUAGUCAUGGUCAUCAAAGUAUGAGUACGAGCAAUUUAACACAGCGUCGCUGCCGAUUCCUGAGACAUACCAUGCGCUAUGAGAAGACGCUGGCUUCUUCUCCCGGCGCACCAAGAGGAACAAAACAGCUAGCUACGAUAGUCGGCCCAACCGCGAUGGUCCAUCCCAAUGUUUUGCAUUCGUGGUUUACGACUUCAUCUUCAGGACUAACGGCAGCUUUCGACAUUUUCUACGUACAACAUCAAGUCCUGUCCAUUUUCGUUAGCAGACCCUUGGCGCCGAAGUUCUUCUUCAAGGACAUCAAGACUGUAGAGUUGGCGUCUAUAUCAAAGUUGAACUUGAACAUGAACAAGGAGAGUGAGACUGAGAAAGCGCCAACUUCUUCAAUACUCUCUACAACAUCUCCGUCAACACCUCACUUCUUGUCCCUUUCCGAAGACGUAGAUGGCUUCUAUCACCGCUACCCCUAUCUCGACGUCUGCCCAACUUACUUCCAUGAGGGCAGCGGCGAAGUUGGCUACACGAGUUUUGCAUAUGGCUACAGAUUUCCACGCGAGUGGGUGUAUCCGAGAAAACAAGUGUUUUUGGAGAAUGUGGGACCGGUGUGGGCUUGGAAUCGGCCUGAGAAAGUCUUGAUGAUCAAAUAUGGUAAAGUUGGACGGGCGUUGGAAGGAAUGGACAACAAAAGUGAUGCAAUUGUUGGAGGAACUGCAACUGCUACUGCAGCAUCUUCACUUUCAGUACCGAAGAAGAAUCGCACUGAGUUAGCACGUGAAUACCGAAGAGCACAACAGCAGGUGCGCCUGCAACAGGCAAGAAACAUGGGAAGCGAUUCUUCGUCUACCAUAUCUUCUGCAUUAUCAUCGAUAUCAUCUCCAGCUUCAGGCAGCUGGCUUCCGAACCCUGCCUACUCAACUGCUGCACUGAUGGAAGUCCAACUUCCAGAAGAGCCGCUUAGGAUUUGUGUCGGGCACCAUCUUUCACACAAAACUAUGGUUAGUGCGGGUCACGUAGCCCCUAAGAAAGUCAAUUGCAGUGACGUGGAGGGGUUGCCGAUCGUGGUGGCGAAUGCGAGACCUGUGGUGGAGCGGGAAGAGAUGAUGAGAUUCAUCCUUGAAAAGGAUAAGGACGAUGAACGUGAAGGGCAUGAAGGUACUGAUGGAGGUGAUAAUUCCAACGAGCAGCUUCAAUGGAAAUUUCGCCGGUGUGAAAGUUUGAGGAAGAGGGUUGGCAUAGACAGGUUUCAACUGAUCCAUCAGUUGUGCUUCUUUGAAAUUGAAAAAUCAAGGGAGGCUAGGAGAAGCAAGGGUAAAAAAGGACACCUUGAUUAUGUCAAGGCACACCAUAACGCUGAUCAUAUCAGCAGUUUGGUACUGCGUAUUACAGAGGAUGAGGAUGGCAAUGGUAGUGGUACAAUAACUACAAAGAAAAUGUCGAUAGUCAGAAGAACCACAACGGGUUGAGGCAAAAGCAAGGCGGGAAAACACCUUUGAAAUCACACGCUCAGCGUACCUACAGGCUAAGUUCUUCACAUUUUUG